GAAAGGCAAAGUCGACCUCGGCGGAAUUUGAACUCAGAACGUAACGGCAGACGAAAUACCGCUCAGCAUUUUGCCCGGUGUGCUAACGUUUCUGCCAGCUCGCCGCCUUAACCUGGUGCCUCGAGAGAUACAUCAUUCAUAUCCGGUUCAAAUAUAGAAGAUAAAUUUCGUUAUUUUUAUAUGACUAUAUAUAUAUGUAUCAAUAAUUACUGCCUAUGAUAUUAUAUUAUAUCUAGAAAGAUGGUUAUCGCGACAGCCUCUGUAAAGCAUAUUUUCGGCUUGAAUUCGGAUGUUGCUGGGAACCUAUGUUACCAAGAUGAACAAAAAGUUCUUUAUACCUGUGGCUCAUUCUACGUGGUAUAUAAUAUCGACCAGAAAUCGCAGAAAUGUAUUGUCGCAUCAGAAACGGGUCUUGGAAUCUCUUCUUUUGUCAUCAGUUCCAACCGAAGAUAUAUAGCCAUUGCCGAAGUAGGGGAUGACAAAGGACCUAUUUUAUCGAUUCAUGACAUCCAUGCUAACAGAAAAAGAAAAACUUUAAUGGCUACUUCAAGCGACCAAAUUGUCCAGGCCACGGAAUAUAAAAGCCUCGCUUUUUCACCUGAUUCUAAAUAUCUCGCCGCUCAUACGGGUGGUCCCGAUUGGGUUUUACAAUACUGGGCAUGGGAAAAAUCAAAACUUUUGACCUUUAUACGUACAGUUAACCCUCAAUCCAAACCUAUUAUUUAUCAAGUGUGUUUUAAUCCACAAGAUAAUACCCAUAUCGGCGUGAUUGGUAACGGCGUAUUGAGGAGUUUCCGCUACUCAGAAGGUAAUCUGAAGCCGUUUAAUUUCCCUAAAAUCGAGUCCCAAAAUUUCACCUGUUUCACAUGGAUAUCGGACGAACGUUUACUUGUCGGUACUGAUAAAGGGAAGGUUCUCGUGAUUGAAUCGGGCGAGUCCAAAGCAGAAUUCAACCCGCUCAGUGACGCAUUUUUAGAAUCAAGAUCUAAAGAUUCCCAAUCGAAAGAAUUAGUUCGUUACAUUACUAAAGACGAAUUCAAAGACCAGUCAACAGAGGUGUCGGCUAUCGUGGCCUAUUCAAAAGGGUUCGCUUGUGCAUGUGGUGUGGGCACCGUUCAUUUGUUCGAACGUUCAGAAGAAAAAGAACUUUACAAAAAGACCCGAGAAGUGCUAAUUCCUGUAGAUAAUAGUGUUACUUUACCUAACAGUAGUACCUACAAGCAAAUAAUAACAUGUAUGACGAUCAGCCCAUCAGAAGAAACCUUAGUGGUUAGCAGUAACACCAACCAGAUUUACAGCAUCGCUUUAUCAUCGACUGAUCUAAGGCCCGGGGGUCAAAGGUUACUGAAUUUCGAGCUUCUAGCUCAAAGUUUCCACUCUAAUGUUGUCACUGGUCUUGAUAUUUGUGCACGCAAACCAAUUGUCGUCACAUCUUCACUCGAUCGCAGCAUCCGUAUUUGGAACUUCGAAACUUGCUCGCAGGAAUUAUUCAAGGAGUUUUCAGAAGAGAUAUGCAGCGUUGCCCUUCAUCCAUCUGGUCUGUAUAUCUUGGUGGGUUUCACUGAUAAACUUAAACUCAUGAAUAUUCUUAUUGACGACAUCAAACAAUUUCAAGAGUUUCCAUGUAAGAACUGCCGCGAAUGUGCUUUUAGCAAUGGCGGACAUCUUUUCGCGGCUGUCAACGGUAAUGUAGUCCAGAUUUAUUCGACCGUGACAUUUGAACUCAUUAUCAACCUUAAAGGUCACAAUAAACUAGUUAAUUCCGUUGUUUGGAGCCCCGAUGACAGCAAAUUAGUUUCGUGCGGGGGAGACGGAGCUGUGUAUGAAUGGGAACCUCUUACAGGAAAACGAGUCGGUGAGAAUAUUCUGAAAACAUGCGUUUAUAGCACUGUGACGAUAUCGCCUGAUGGUAAAACCGUCUACGCAGUCGGCAACGAUAAUAAAUUAAAAGAAAUAAGCGAUUCGCAGGUUUUUCACCAAGUCGAAGCAGGCGACGUGACUUUGACCAGUGUCUCUCUUUCACACACUGGUCGAAUGCUGUUUGCCGGAACCAGCAAUGGUUGUUUAUGGAGUCUGAAGUUUCCGCUUGGGUCGAGUGGAGAAUGGCAAGAGUAUAAAGGCCACAGGAGUAAAAUAACGAGAAUGAGAGUCACUUUCGAUGACCAAUAUCUUGUCAGUGUGUCGGAAGAUUCCACUGUAAUGGUUUGGCAAAUCCAAGAUAAAGACAGCCGUGGCAUCAAGCGUGAUAAGGAUUCCCUGCGAUGUGUUUACGCGGACGAGAUUCUUAUAACAAAAAGUGAUCUGGAAGAGAAAAAUGCUAUCAUGUCAGAAUUGAGAACCAGAGUAAACGAAUUGGGAAUGGAAAAUGAAUAUCAACUAAGAUUAAAAGACAUGAAUUACAAUGAGAAAAUCAAAGAACUCACCGAUAAGUUCAUUCAGGAAAUGGAAUCGCUGAAAACUAAAAACCAGGUUCUGAAAACUGAGCGAGAUAAGCAGGAAGCGAAACACGAAGAACAAUUAACAGAAAUUAUGCAAAAACACGCCAAAGAGCUUCAAGAUUUGGAGUCUGCAAAUAACCAAAAAUUAAUGCUGGAAUAUGAAAAGUACCAAGAACUCCAAACUAAACUGAUGAAAAUGCAAGAGGAAAAUGAACACCGCUUGCAAGAAAUGGACGAAUCGAAGAAAAAUGCUUUAAAUGAAAUGGAAGAAAAAUUUGAAAGUAAACGUCUUGAAAUGGUUUCGAAACUGCAUCAGUCCCAGGAGGAAAAUCGCCGUAGACAGAAAGAGGAAGAACUCACGAGGAAAAUGAUGGAAGAAGAUGCAGAUAUUGAAAUCUUGAACAUAAAAACAGAUUUGGGGGAGUUGCGCCGGGAAAAGGAUUCUAACGUAAAGUUGAAAAGCGAGAGCGGAAUUCUGAAACAGAAGUUUUCCACGUUGCAGAAGGACAUCGAUGAACACAAAGAAGCCAGUCGCAAAUAUCAAGACGAAAUCAAUAAGUUGAAUACGGUUAUUCGUAAUUUAGAGAAAGACAUUUUAGGUUUAAAAAAAGAGAUCUUGGAGAGAGACGAAACUAUACAAGACAAAGAGAAACGUAUUUAUGACCUGAAGAAGAAGAACCAGGAACUGGAAAAAUUCAAAUUCGUUCUGGAUUAUAAGAUAAAAGAAUUGAAAAAGCAAAUCGAACCUCGAGAGGACGAAAUUAAACGAAUGUGCUCUCAAAUCCAAGAGAUGGAGAGUGAAUUGGAACAAUCUCGAAAGUCUAACAUCAGUUUGGAGUUGAAGAUAACCGACUUGAAGCAGAAACACAACGCUACAUCAAAGGCUCUGUAUCAAAAGGGACAAUUGGUAAAAGAUACCGAAGCUCUGGUGAUGCGUUUCAAAACGGAUUUACAUCGCUGCGUCAUUUAUAUUCAGGAACCGAAGUGUCUUAAAGAAAGCAUCAAGUGUUUGUACCGGAAAUAUGUACAGGACGACAUCACGGAAACGGUCAGUGUGGACGCUGACAUACAAAAGGAAGAACAUCGCCAACGAGAGCAUUUAAAUCAUACGGUGACUUCUCUGAAGAGAAAACUUGUGACUGAUUCCAGAAUACACCGAAAGGAGAAUGUCAAGAUCAUGCAAGAGAAUGUGCAUCUUAUCAAAGACAUAAACGAUCUACAACUGGAACUGAAGUCGUGCCGCACCAAUAUACACGAUCUUGAAGCGGCCCUCGGUAUGCACAGCAAGUCAUUUAAGAGAAGCGCAAGCAUGAACGAUUGGAGGAAGGACCCAGUCGAACUGCUGGCUGCCAUGGCUAAUAAAUCUCCCAGCGCCAUUCAGCACAGCGAAUUGAUGGAAUGCAAGCGGAUGCUGGAAAUUCAAAGAGACGAGAUCAAACGCUUGCGUCAAGAACUGGAGACGCGGCCGCAGUCGUCGGGGACUCCGAAGUUGCCACCCGUCUUAAAGGCCAACGACGAAGAUGAGGCAGUGAUAAAGAGCGAUAGUCCUCUCGGCCAUAACAACUGACGCUUUGAUUAAUGGUGAUGAGAUGAUGAUGAUGAUGAUGAUGAUGAUGAUGAUGAUGAUGGUGGGGAGGGUUAUGAUUGAUUACAUUGAUACCUGUGCUCAACUUGUUCUGAUUUCAUGGAACUCGAAAGGACGAAACGCAAACUCGACAUCAACGGAGUUUUAACGCAGAACCUAAAGAACCGGACGAAAUGCCGCUAAACGUUUCAUAUGCGAUGCUCUGCUGAUUCCAUUACCUUUCCCUGUCCUAACAAGAACAAUAUGUAUGCAAAAGCAUAACAAGAAAACAUUAAUACAAACAACACAAAUCUACUUCUAAUCGUUUCAUUUAAAAUUAUUCA